UCCAGUGUCCAGUCUGCCUGCUGAUCGAGCUGUCACUGUCAAAUAGAGAAGUGAGGUUAUAAUGGCCGGUGUAUUGACAAAGUUUUCCAAAAAUUUUAUACAACUAUCUACUAAAAAUGCUGCUAUUCCAGCUACUACUUCAUUACAAAAUAGAAAAUGUAAGUUUCGUUCAACAUGUAUAAUAUAUUCAGCUUUUUAGUUUGCUUAGUGCUCUAAAACGUGAGUUUGAAAUGCACUUAUUUGCAAUUCAAGUGGUUAUUUUUUGCCUUAUUUGUUAAACUGCACCUGUUCUUGAUAAAAUAUUAUGGAUAUGUAGGUGCUUUCACAUUCUGAAUAUGUGAUACUACCCAAUAAAAUAGGGAGUUAACAUCAAGAUGUACACAAUUACAGGGUAUUGGGUGUUGUUUUUUACUUUAGCGUUUUUUUUUUCUUUUGUAUAGAGUAAAUAUCCAAAAAACGGACCAUUAAAUGGUUCAUGUUGGUAUAUUUUCUUGCAAAGUGAUGUCCAAAGUGUGUAUCAAAGUCUUCAAAAAAUACUAUUUGUAUCUGUACGUUAUCUUUUGAGUUCAUGAUCUAUGAUAUAAUUCAUUCAGCUUAUUUUGACGUGUUUAAUUUUGGUCUAAUGCACAAGGUUCAUCAGCAUUAGUUAUCUACAUAUAUAAUAGUGUUUACCUUUUUCCAUUUUAUACCUAAAAAGAAAUAUUAUAUUGUAUUAAUAAACCUGUUGGCAAAUAUAUUCUGCUGAUAUGUAUGCACGUUUUGGUCUAAGAGCCUAUCAUAUUUAUCAUAAUACUCCAUAAAAUUUAUGCACAGUGAAAUCUCCUUUGGACUGAUACGAAUGAGACUGGUUGAAAGUGUCUGUUCAAGAGCAGUGUCCAUAUAAAAGAAAGUCACUUUAAGGACAUAAAAAUUCAUAUAUUGUCUCCUCUUUUUCUUUAAAAUCGUGUCUUGGAAUCGAAUUACUGAUUCAGAAUGAAGGUCAAAAGACUCCCUUAUUUUCGACAAAACUUUUAAGCUGCUUGGUUAGGAUAAUAGCUUUACCAUAAUUUGGAAUACUUUCUGUUGGUACUGGAACCUCACUGACAUCAGAAUCUUCGGAAAAUUCUUGUACCUCAACUGGAUUUUCAAUUUCUUGACCUGAAUCUGAACAGAUUUCACUUGAAUAGAGAUAACUAGUCAUUUUUGCAAAACCCAUACAGCCAAUAACAGUAAGUAUAGGCAACACGUUUUAAGAUCCUCAAAAAUGGAUUUAGAUUUGAACAGGCUUUGUUUCUUAUGACUCCACCAUUUCAUGCAGGAGUUGGGCUUAUCCAAUUUUUUUAUCACAAAAUUGUAUUUGAUAUCCAAAAAUUUGUGACUAGAAAAAUUGACAUUGGCACAUCUUUCUGAAAUUUCUCUUUAGAUAUGUAUGGGACACAGAAUUGAUGGUUUGAUGGUUUUUGUUAAUUGCCAUUUCAAUAAAUUCAGAAUCAAUAUCAAUUCAAACAAGCGAUGCUCUUCAUCAUUGCUGCUUUAUUUUUGAACAUGGAGAAACAUAUUUGAGAAUAAAUCACUGUCUAGACUCCCAUUAUUAUUUCAGAUUCAACUAAAAGAGUUGAAGCAAAAAACCCGGUUGUCGAAAUGGAUGGUGAUGAAAUGACUAGAAUAAUUUGGGCAAAAAUCAAAGAGUCUUUAAUCUUCCCCUAUGUUAAGGUGGAAUGUCUAUACUUUGAUUUAGGUCUGCCUUACAGGGAUCAGACUGAUGAUCAAGUAACCAUAGAUGCCGCACAUGCAAUUCUGAAGCACAAUGUAGGAAUCAAGUGUGCUACAAUCACUCCAGAUGAGCAGAGAGUAGAAGAAUUUAAGUUGAAGAAAAUGUGGCUGUCACCGAACGGAACAAUUAGAAAUAUUCUGGGGGGCACUGUAUUCAGAGAACCGAUUCUCUGCAGUAAUAUACCCAAGCUGGUACCUGGAUGGACUCAGCCGAUCGUUAUUGGCCGUCACGCACAUGGGGAUCAAUACAAAGCAAAGGAUUUCGUUGUCACUAAACCAGGGAAGGUGGAGAUGAUUUACACUGCAGAUGACGGCGAAGUGCAGAAAGUAGAACUUUUUAAAUACAAAUCACCGGGAGUAGCAAUGGGCAUGUACAAUACAGAUGAAAGCAUAAGUGCAUUCGCCCAUUCAUCCUUCCAGGUAGCGUUACAGAAAGGAUGGCCUUUAUAUCUUUCCACAAAGAAUACGAUUCUGAAAAAAUAUGAUGGGAGGUUCAAGGAUAUUUUCCAGGAAAUCUACGAUAAGGAGUACAAAUCGCAGUUUGAGGCCAAAAAGAUUUGGUACGAACACAGACUGAUCGACGAUCAAGUCGCUCAGGCGCUGAAAUCUAGUGGCGGUUUCGUUUGGGCGUGCAAAAACUAUGAUGGAGACGUGCAGUCCGACAUCGUGGCUCAAGGAUACGGUUCUUUAGGAAUGAUGAAGUCUGUACUUAUGUGCCCUGAUGGAAAAACUAUUGAAUCUGAAGCUGCUCAUGGUACCGUCACUAGACACUAUAGACAACAUCAAAAAGGACUUCAGACCUCAACGAACCCCAUAGCUUCGAUCUUCGCCUGGACAUGCGGUUUGGAACACAGAGGUAAACUGGACGGAACUCCGGAUCUCGUAAAGUUCGCCAAGAACUUGGAAAAGGCUUGUAUCGAUACAGUCGAGAGCGGAAAAUAUACAAAGGACUUGGCGGCUUCUAUCCACGGUUUACCGAACGUCAAAGAAGGAAUGUACCUCAAUACUCAAGACUUUUUGGAUGCCAUCGCGGAACAACUGAAAAAGACUGUGUAAUGGAUAUGAAAUGUAUAAUUUUUUAAAUAUAAUUCCCUCGCAACUUGUUCGUGAAUAAUAUUUUUAUAAUAAAGUUAUUUUUCUACCAAA